GAUGGACUUCCUCUUUUCCGAUACGUUCGCGGUCGUGUAAAUUUGUGUUGAAAAACCACAAAAUUAAAUCUUAGCCAUGGUGCGUAUGAACGUAUUGGCCGAUGCCCUGAAGUGCAUUAACAACGCCGAGAAGCGCGGCAAGCGUCAGGUGCUUUUGCGCCCCUGCUCCAAAGUCAUCAUUAAGUUCCUUACUGUGAUGAUGAAGCAUGGCUAUAUCGGCGAAUUUGAGAUUGUCGAUGAUCAUCGCUCAGGCAAGAUCGUUGUCAAUCUAACCGGACGUCUAAACAAAUGCGGCGUCAUUUCGCCACGCUUUGAUGUGCCCAUCAACGAUAUUGAGAAGUGGACCAACAAUUUGUUGCCCUCUCGCCAGUUUGGCUAUGUCGUUCUGACCACAUCCGGCGGCAUUAUGGAUCACGAGGAGGCCAGAAGAAAACAUCUUGGUGGCAAAAUCCUUGGCUUCUUCUUCUAAAUGCGGAGCAGUAGGACAAGCCAACAACAUCUAAAACUAUUUUUGUGUGUGUGGGGAGUUGAAAUAUGUAAAAGUUGUUUUAUUUCCCCGUCGCGAUAAAUGAUAAAAGAAAAAAUACGUUUCACGUACAUUUCAACAAAAAUACCAACAUCGUUCAUUCAAGACAGAAGAAUGUUCCAAUAAGAAAACGCGAAAUAAAAUGAUGAAUACAUAAUUUUUAAA